UUUUUUUUUAUUCUUUUCUUAGUUUUUUUGCUACGGAGCAAAAUGUAUCCUUUUGAUGAUAUAUUUUCUCAAACUUCAGUUAGAAAACCUCCUCUCAUUACAUACAAACGAAAGCAACAAAAGCAAGUACAACACUACACACUCGAUCAAACGCCCCUGAACCACGACUCUGACUUGGAAAACAACGCGACUUCACUUGUAACAGAAAAAACGCUAGAACCAACAACUCCAGAAAAGGCUCAACCAAUAGACAAUGUAUUCGACGUGGCCUUUUUGAAUAGAACUUCAUUACAAACAACCGAUAUCUUUGAUUUUCCUGACCAGGACAUCGAUGAUGCUCAAGUUGAACUCAGAAUAGCAUCUUCACUACAUAUCAAACAUAAACCUCAAGUCAAAAAGUCCACAACUACAGCUUCUACCAACAGCAAAAAGAAAUCAAGGCCAACUUCUACAAAACGCGAACGUGUAUCUUCUUUCUCCAGAACAGUAUCAGCACCCUCAUCCUCUACAUUCAUGACAGAUAAUUCGACGGCUUCACCUACACUUUCCACCACACCAGUGACGAACAAAAGGAUUCAUCGAUUACCAGAUAUGAAGAAAAAAAAGCGGAACCUAGUAUCUCAACUUAAAGGUGCUAAUGGUGAAUGUUUAGGCACCCAUACUCAAACGACAGGACUCAGAUUUUAUGAUAUUUCUGACGAUGAAGAUGACACUACAUUAUCUACACCGGUAUCUUUAUCAUUGCCAACACUUUUACCUUCAACAUCGUCAUCACUAUCAAGUCCUUUAACAACUACAAAUUCACCAACCAGUUUUCUCGAUUAUAAGGAUCGCAUGGAACAAGAACUUGCAGAAUUAAUGCGAACAGAAUUUGGACAGGAUGCGCCUCAUAUUUUAUCAUCAUCAUCUACCUCAACCGACAUUGCGACUGUACCAACUACACAAGCCAUGGCAGGAAAACAACAAACCUCUUAUGUACCUGAAAAUGCAAUACGUACACCCAUCACUUACAAAAAACGACAGACCAACAAAUUAUCACAUUCAUCCAACUUGUCACCUUGCUCAGAGACGGAAGGAUUAGAUCAACAAAUGGAAAAGCAAAUUCAAUAUUUACUAUCUAGCGAUUUUUAGUGUAUUACCUUUUAUUUACUUUUACUUUUAUUGUAUAUACUUUUUACUUGAUAUUAUUUAUCACUGUGUACUAUUGUAUUAUAUUUUUAUAUCAUCAUCUUUUAUUCUUAUUUUUACAUCAUUGAAUAAUAAAUAUCCCUGUUUUAC